CCUAUUCCGCCUGCGAAGCGCGCUAAGGUAAAAUUCGCGGGAGUGAGUUGAAAGUGUUAUGUUCAUAUUAUACCGAACGACUGUUAUUGUUCUUUAAAGCCGUUCACAUUUAGUUAUGUGCGAAAAGAUUACGAAGGUUAUGCAGUCGCUCACUAAAUUAGUUGGGGACCAGCCAAUUCCGGAGUAUGAAGUGAACACGAAGACUAUAGACAUACUGUACCAACUUGCCGAGAACAGUGACGCCAGAUGCAAUCAGGUGUCUUUACUAAUAGAGGACCAUAAGCAGAAAGCUGUUGAGUAUCAUGCGGAAAGUUGUCACCUGCAGGACGUCCUUUUGCAAGGAGCUGGCUUGUCGUCGGGAAGUUUGUCAAAAUUAGCUUCUGAUAACAUGGCGACGUUAAACUCCUGUGCCAUGACCCUUAAACUAAAGGACACUUCCCUAACAAGCUUUGUACCUGCGAUAAAUGACUUGACCAGCAGACUUAUGGAAGCAGAAAAGAAGAACAGAGAUAUGGAGCGGGAGCUCACCACUCUCCGGAAGAAACUGGGAGCCAUUUUAGUGCUUCGGAAAAUCUUACAGGAGGAUUUGAGUAAAACGGCGAAAGCCCAGGAGGUGGAGAAUGCUAAAGCUGAGGAACGACUGCUAAACAUGGACUUCAUUAAGGCGAAAUCUAAGGACCUUUCAUUCACAAUCAAGAUGACUGAGGAGAAGAUUGCUUCUAGGAAAAUGGACUAUUCAUUAACCCAUCAAGCAAUACUUGAGGUCUCAGAGGACAUUGCAAAAUUGAAACAAGAGAUCUUGCCACUUCAGAAGAAAUUGAAAUCUUUCAGAGACUUGACUCCUAGUCCAUCCCUUGCACAAGUAAAGAUUGAAGAGGCAAAAAGAGAGCUGGCUGUGAUUGAUGCCGAACUAGAAAUGAAGGUGGACAUCGUGAACCUAACAACUAAAUAGUAGUACAAAGCACUGCUUAAUGAUAAUGAAAAUGCUAAUGUCAUUAGAGGGGGUUGUAUAUGGGAGGUGUGUGUGUGUGUGUGUAAAUCCUGUGUAAUUGACUUUUCAAUGUAUUAAAUACCUUGUAGUUUAUUUAUAAAAAUCCCUCCAACAUAACAUGUACGUAUCAGUCUUUAACUGGCUUACUGGAACAUGUUUGUCCUAAAAGUGCUAUUCAGCUGAACUUACCCUAAAGCAUAUGUUAACUUGCGUACCGAUUCAAUCAGUUUUUAUGUCUUUGUAGCUUUGCAACUAACUUAUCUGCAAUAAAUGGGGUGAUACAAUAAA